AUGGCGGUCACAGUACUAGUUUAUAUUUUCUACAUUCUUACGACAAUUUUGCUCGCUUGUUUUGGCUGUUUUCUAUGUGCCUGUGCAUAUUUACAUUACUUGCACAGUAUUACAGCACAUAUACCCGGGCCACCUCGCUCGAGUUUCAUUUUGGGAAAUCUGCCAGAUUAUUGGGAAUACAAAGCUGCAACUGGCAGGACCGUUGGUGAAUUUCUGGUGGAAAAACGGUUUGAAUAUGGUCCAAUUUUUAUUAUGUUUUUCAUGCAAAGGGCUAUAGUCUUUCUGGGGGAUUCUAGCUAUUUGCGACAUGUUUUUAUAAACAAUCAUAAGAGCUUGUGUAAGGGUGAUUUUUUGUACCAUAAAAUUGGUUUUAUUUAUGGUGAGAGGGGAUCGGGGUAUGGACUUGUGGCCAAUACAGAUGAAGCCCUGUGGCACAAGCGACGACAACUUAUCGAACCUGCUUUUCAUCGAAAGUGUCUGCGAGGUUUCAUGAAUAAUUUCAACAAUGUUUGCAAUAGAUUUUUGACCCGCAUUGGUACAGUUGCCGAUGGAGAAAAGCCGACCAGUAUGGUGUCUGAGUUUUCCAAAGUCACUUUGGAGGCUAUAAGUCAGGUGGCAUUUAAUAUUAAUACCCAUGCAAUUGAGCAUCCCGAUUCACCAUUUCCACAAGCAAUACGAAUCUCGCUAAUGGCGGUGCAAGACAACAUGAACAUGCCACUCAACUCCACGAUGCUAGCAAUAUAUCAGUUCAAGCUGUUUCAGAAUGCUACAAAAAAAAAGCAACUUGACGCCGUGAGAUUUCUCCGUAAAUUUGCGCAUGAUUGUGUCACCGCCCGGAAAAAAGAUAUGGCUGACAGUAAAGCUGUUCCUGAUGACUUAUUGAGUCUUUUGGUUAAUAGUAGUUUGUCAAUGGAUGACAUAGCUGAUGAAUUUUUAACCGUUUUUGUUGGUGGUCAACAAACGACUGCAGAUUCAUUGUCCUUUACCCUCUACGAGAUCAUCAGUAAUCCCCAUGUCGAAGCGAAGAUUCUUCAGGAGGUUAAUGAAGUGCUCGGCGAGCGUGAUUAUGUCGAGUUUGAUGAUUUGGCGAAACUAACGUAUCUCGGUCAAGUUUUAGAAGAAAGUUUAAGAAAACAUCCUAUAGCUCCUGGACCUUCAAGACAUUUGGUCAAAGGUCUUACGGUUGGAGAGUAUUAUAUUCCCAAAGGAAUUGGAAUUAACAGUCUACAGCUAUUCUUUUCUAUGAACCCGGAAAUUUGGAAGAAUCCUGAGGUGUUCGAUCCAGAGAGAUUUGCCAAUGUCAAAAACAUCCCAAACUUUAGUAUGACGCACUUCCCCUUUUCCAUCGGCCCUCGUAAUUGUGUUGGACAGACUUUUGCAAAGUUCGAGUCGAAAGUCAUCCUUGCCAAGUUGUUGCAAAAAUUUCAAUUCACCCUAUUGCCUGGUCAGACUGACAGGAUGGAGGCAAGGCUUACUUUAACUCCUCGUGACGGUGUGAUGUGUUGUGUUACAAGACGUAAAUGA